AUGACGGUCCUUCCACGCCAUCGACCGGUCGAGUGCAAAACCAUUGACGGCACCACCAUCGCAGGAUGGCUCUACACCGUUGAGGGGCCCGCUCCGGCCAUCAUCAUGUCCCACGGUUUCAACUGCGUCAAGGAAAUGACGCUCCCAGAAGUCGCCGAGGCGUUCCAUUCCUUGGGGUAUAAUGUGCUCCUGUAUGAUGCACGGAGUGUAGGGGCCAGCGGCGGGCAACCGCGGAACUUGCUUAACCCUCUGCAAAUGGCCGAGGACCUUUCUGACAUCUAUACGUACGUCGCCGGCCUGCCGAGCGUCGACUCGCAUCGCAUCGUUCUGUGGGGAAUGUCAUUUGGCGGCGUCGUGUCGGCCUGCUGUGCUGCCAUCGACCGACGGCCCAAGGCCCUGGUCAUGGUCUGCCCGCUCUUCCACUACGUGGCGCCGCACAAGGCCGACAAGGCGUACGCACAGCUGAUUAAGGACCGCGUCUCACAGCUGCGCGGCAACGAGCCGUACUCGCUUGCGCCGUUCAACGCCAAGGGUGACAAUCCCAUCGGGAUGCCGGGGGGACUCGAGGCGUACACGCUGAUGAAGGCGGCAACCGAGCUCGGGCAUCCGGAUUUUCGGGAUCGCAUCAGCUUGCAGACGUACCAAAAGCUGGCCAUGUUCAGGCCGAAGGAGUACAUGGACAUGAUCAAAGCGCCUACUAUGAUGAUCAUUCCCGAGCUUGAUGGAAUCUCGCCGCCUGAGGAGCAGAAAGAGGCUUUUGCGCGAAUCACGGCGCCCAAGCGGGAAUAUUGGGCUAAGGGGAAAGGGCAUUUGAACAUUGCCACGGGUGACGGGUCAAAGGAGAUGGUGGCGGCGACGGCUGCGUUUUUCAGGGAUGCUUUGGAGGGCCAGAUACAAUGA